UGUAGUAUACGAGAGUAAAUGCUAUGUAAUUAAUGAUUUAAUAAUCGAUUAUGAUACAAUUAAUGAGUAUUUUUUUGUAUAAAUGAACGUUGAAACUCCGAUAAAGUUACAUCGUCUUCAAGAACUUUCAGCAACUCUUCUAAAUGAACAAUAUGGCCGCUGUUUGUAUGAGAAAACAACGUUAUGUUUAUGUUGCACCGACACCGCCAGUCGAAAUGCUCGACUCAAGCAGUUAUACUAUUUCGUUCAGUGAUAGAAAAUUUUUACAACUGGGAUUGAAUCCAAAGGAGGACUUCGAUAUUUCGGUAUAUAUUAUUACUCCUUCACGAUAUAUUAGCAUGUCCGCAGAAUUUUUAAAUAUUGUUUACGGCAUGAUGAAUGAAAUAAAUCUAUUUUUACAAUCAACUCCUAUGAGGAGCGAAAACAAUAUUUUUUAUCAAAAUGAUUGUUUCAAACUAUCUAAAGUAUUAUAUGGUGAUACAAAACAUUUAGUAUUAGAAUCAGUGACACUUGAUGGAUGUCGUGUGUUAUUAAAUAAUGAAAACAUUCAGGUGCUUAAGCAAUCGGAGUAUACUAUUAACAAUGGCAUUACAUGAAAAUUAAAAUAGCGUAUGCAAGUAAUACAUCAAAUAGAUCGUAUUGUGCAAUAUGCCGACGGUAAAUGGACAGGUCUUAGAACUCAACAAUCACCCAAUGGUGAAAUGUAUAAUUUAAUAAGAAGUAUGAACGAUUUAACACUCAACGAAACUAUCCCAAAAGUUGACAAUAGCUACCUAAGUGAGUUGAAGAAUGUAGCAUGCGAUGAAAUAGUCGAUCGAUGGGUCAAGUCGUGGUCCGAGGACACGUAUCAAAUCAAUGAAAAAGAAGAAAUGUAUGACGAAAAUGACGGACCGUCAUUUUUCAACGAAACCCAAGAAAAUAGUUAUAGUUCAUGGGCUUCUCAGUAGCCAAAACCAAAUCACGUCAGAAAAUUAA